AUGGCAGCUUGGGCUGGCAAGAGAACAAUUACUUUCGACGUUGAGGAUGUAGAGGAUGACAUGGAGGAUCACAACGACCCCUUGGUUCUCACAUUACUCAUCGCAGGGUGCAAUAUCAGGAAGUUCCUCACCGAUGGAGGGAGCUCGUUCAAUAUAUUGUUCUAUGACACGUUCAAACGAAUGGAGCUGAAUGACGAACAUUUGAUGUCUUCGUACUACACCAUAUACGGAUUCAAUAGGGCUCCAACAAAGCCUAUGGGAGACAUUGUGUUACAAGUAAAUGCAGAACCAAUGAAGGUUGAUACAAGAUUCAGCGUAGUGGAUGCUCUUUCUCCUUACAAUGCCAUCAUCGUCCGAAGAUGGGUGCACAAGCUCAAAGGAGUAGCAGCGACCUAUCAUCAGUACGUUAGGUUUCCAACACCCGAAGGGGUAAUGGAAAUAAAGGGAGAUCAGGUCACCACUCGAGAAUAUCAGACUAUACAAAAUCAUCUUAAUAACGAACAAGAUGAGCAGCGUAAAUCCCGAAGGAACCGAAACAAAGAAGCUUCCAAGGAGAAAGCAGUUGAACUUUAUCUCGAAGAAAUCUCCGAAAAAAGUAUGACGAAGGAAAGCAUCGUUCUAAACACCGAAGAAGGUACAUCGACAGUUAAGGAGGCUGAAGAGCCUACCAAAUAA